CUUGUUCUGUGUUGAAUCAAGAACCCCAAAUCCCCCGCAGCAGAAGUAAAGACUUUUGUGAAAGCUAUUGAUGGCGUGUACACCUAUAUUUAAUUCUCUUUGAAAAACGUAAAAAGAAACCCAAAAGAUAAGAAUAUCCACAAAGUUUAUUGUUUCAAAUUUGUUCACAUUUCGACCCCUUUUUUCCCUGUUCUAACGAAGCCUACAUGAUCCACCACCUACUGAGCUUACCUGUGAAUCAAUUGUUUUGCUCUUUAUAACUGUGUUUGUCGAUUUGGGUUGGUGUUGAAUUACAUAAUUGAAGGUUGAAAGUGAAGAAAGAGUGAGGAAGAGGAGAGGACACAAGAUGGUUAAUCAGAUUGUAUCAAAAAUUGGUUCUUGGACUCGUAACAAGAUUGUUGAUCCUCUUUAUCACAUCCUCCAAAGGGGAGCAGAGCCAAAACUGUUGGCGUUCUCUGCGGCUCUCGGUAUCACCUUUGGGGUAUUUCCAAUUUGUGGUGUCACAGUAUUCCUAUGUGGUAUCGCUAUUGCAUUGUUGGGAUCCUAUUGUCAUGCUCCUACGAUGAUGUUGGCUAACUUCAUUGCUACUCCUAUUGAGUUGAGUCUGAUGAUUCCAUUUCUACGCCUAGGUGAGUCUAUCACUGGUGGACCUCAUUUUCCUUUGACUGCUGAUGCACUAAAAAAAGUCUUCUCUGGCGAGGCUUCAAAGGAAGUCUUGUUCAGCAUUUUCCGUGCGAUGUUGGGCUGGCUUGUUGCUGUACCAUUCAUCACAGCAGGACUUUAUCUAGUGUUUCUGCCAUGUUUUGUGAUCUUGGUUCGCAAGUUCAGUACCCGUCCUCCAAGCCCGAAGACUCUUCUCCAACCCCUUACAGAAGAAUUGGGGGAGUCUAGCACUAGCAGUUCUGUACUUGUAUGAAGUUCAAUAUUUUUCCCAAAGUUCUUCACUUGCUCAUGAA